UUUGGUGAUGAACAAUUACAAAAGUACGUGUUAACAUAUGGCUAUAGACCACUAUGACAUAGCUAACAUCUUGAUAUGUAUAUGUAUCACUAGUAUUUGAGUUUCAUGCACUUCCCUUUAAAAUAACUAACUUAGACCAUCCGCAACGGUAGAAAUGGGGUUAUCUUAGCGCGAAUUCUUAGGCAAAACCUAAUAUAAUAAUCGUUAUAUUUUAACUUUAGGUAAGAAAGAGUCCUUAGGGAAGGAGGUUUAAGGAUUAAUCCUUAAGUGCGUGGCAUCACGUGAUAGGCUAGCGGAAGGGGUGUGUUUCGCGUGGGGGAAAAAAGAAUCAUUUGGUUUCUCGAUAACGAAAAAAAAAAAACGCUCUCGCGAUAUCAAAGGCGAUUCGGCGACUGGAGAAGGGUGAAGGUGUUGAAAUGGAGGAAGAAUUAAGAGAUAUGAAAGCCCGCAAAGAUUACUACAACAUGCUUCAUGCCGUUUCAGAUGCGCAACAAGGUAUUCCUCAAUUCUGCCCCUGUGGAUCACUGACGAAGGAAGUCGUUGAUGAAGACGACACAUAUGACUACCUCCCUGGGAAGAGAUACUUCAUCUGCCGUGAGUUCGAGAAUGACGGGAUGCAUUUCAGGCAACCAUGGGUUACGGGUAUGCAACAAGAGGUUGAGAGGUUCAAAAAAAUAUUCAACGAGCAGGAAAAGUUGAAGAGAGAAUGCGAGGCGCUUAAGGUGAGUGGAAAUAUAAAUUGUAACAUGUUUGUGCCUGUUUGUAACGCAACCUGUGUAACAAAAAGAUUGGUUUGUCUGAUAUAUGUUCAGGAGCAGGUGAAGAUGAUGCAUUUGCGUCUGAAUGAACUUGAGAGCAGCCAUUCGAAGGUGAAGAACAAGCCCAUGUGAGCGAAGUCACGGGUUGUCUGGAAAGCUGCUGUGUGUUUUGUUUGUUUCUGCGACUCUUAUCAUGUGAACCAAGUCACGGGUUGUUUGUAACCCUUGGCUUUAUAACUAUGUUGUCUCGGCUUUGUUAUAACUCUACUACUCUUCUUCUCAAAAAACUUGUAUCUCUCUGCUUUCAGUUUGUUGUCUUUGCACUUGAUCAUCUACUUUUGUAAGCUCUCUGUUUCUUGAAGUAGAUGUUGUUUAUCGCAUCACUUGUUUUUUAUCGCAUCACUUGGUCGCAUCACUUGGUUUUUUAUCGCAUCACUUGUUUUUUUAUAGCAUCACUUGGUCGUUUUCUUAUAGCAUCACGUUAAUGAACUUGAUCAUCACUUUAAUGAACUUGAUCAUCACGUUAAAGAACUCCAAUUUAUAUUCUAACUCCAAUUUAUAUUCUAACUCCAUUUAUCUAAGCUCCAAUUUAUGUUCAUCUAAGAACUAGAUAAUCACUUGGUCGGUUUUUCCAUCAGUUGUUUUGGAUUGUUUCAUCACUUGUGUCAAUUUUUCUAGUUUGUGUCAAUUUUUUCUAAUAAGGCAGAUACAAAAAAAUGAAUUUAAUAAUUUAAUUAAUUAUGGAUUGUUUCAUCACUUGAUUUUUUUUAAAGGGAUUACCAAAUAUGGAAGAUGAAGUCGAUCGCAGAUUGAAUGCGGCUUUGGAUGAAGCUGUCGAUGAAUAUUUUGAAGAUACAUACAACAACAUUGCGAACAACCAAACUAAGAAACAGAGCAAACGUGCAUAUGUCGAACGCAAUCGCGAAGAGGGCCAUACCCAACUAUGGAACGACUACUUUAGUGAAAAUCCGACAUUUCCCCCAAAUUUUUUCAGACGGCGUUUCCGCAUGAACAAGGCAGUUUUCAUGCGUAUCGUCGAUCGCCUCUCGGAAAAUUUUCAAUUCUUUCAACAAAGAAGAGAUGCUACAGGAAGGUUAGGUCUAUCUCCACUAGUCCUGGGCAUUCGGAUCCUCGGUUCGGGUCGGGUCGGGUUAUUCGGUUUUCGGAUUUUUCGGGUUAUGUCAAAUGUAACCCGAUUAAGAACCGGUUAAAUUACGGAUCGGAUCGGUUCGGUUUAUAUCGGAUCCGGUUCGGAUUUCUAUUUUUUUUUGGAAUCCGAAUGAGAACCGAAUUAACACCGGUUCGGAUUUUAACCCGAAAAAAUCGUUUCGGUUCGGAUUUUAACCCGAAAAACCCGAAAAUACAACAUAAAAAAAAA